CAUAAGCUUGGAAAUAUCGACACUGUCGACAACGUUUCAAUCAUUAACCAUAUCCAUCACACAACUGCUUUACUCUCAUAUGAAUAUGGAUAAUUCUUACAAGACUCUAGAGGUGUCCAAGGAAAGUCCCUCAUCCCUCUAUCGUGUACCUCAAGAAAUACACUUAGAAAGUAGGGGAAUCCCAAAACACUAUUGAUCACGUGCGAUCUGUUGUAUUUAUGUCAUAACAUUGCGUAUCUUUUAAUAUUAUGUGUCACGUGUAUGUAAAACGAGAUUUGAAGUUGUUGCAGUAAUAAAAAUUUAUGACACCUAUAGUUGGACAAUUUAACCUUGUCUUUAAUACCAUUAUAUUUUACAUGAUUUCUAACCUCAAAUAUGUACACUGUGUAUAUUAACCUUUGAAGUGUGAAAUUAUACAUUGAUGAAUUCUGAUGUAAACCUUCACAAAUGUAUGUUACAAAAUGAAUAAUCGUACUUAAUCAUUCAUAUUAUAAUUCUAAGAGGGAGAAAAGGUAUGAUACACGUGUAUAUACAUGUAUAAAUUCAUAUUAACAUUGCAAGUUUAAAGGACCACUAAGUUAAUAUACAAUCUUAACACAAAAGUAAGAUGAGUGAUAUCAGUGAAGAGAUUUCUGAUGCACAAAGUGAGAAAGGUGAAGAUUUUACAGUCGAUAAUUAUGAUAAAGAAACAGAUAGCAAUGAUUCCUGGUGUGAUGUUUCAGAGUCCAAUAAUGAUGAAAAUACUCCUCAAAAUGAUGAAAUGAAAGUGGAUGAACAACCGCAGAAUGGAUCUGUGCUCGCUGGAGGCCACAGAUUUGACAGGACAUUGAUAUGCGUUAAAUAUCCUGGAAAUGUUAUUAAUCCAGAGAAAGCUGUUGAAACUUUAGGCGGUAUCCAUAAUAUUUCAACAGCAGUGGAUACUUCAAAUCGACGUCUGGAAUUGAGAUUUAGGCCAGAUGAUGUUUAUUGUAAACCAACUUGUGGUGACAGACAUAAUACUAAUGGGUUUCUGCUUAGAGUUCGAAUUAAAAGAAGAUCAAAAGAAACAGAUGCAUCUCAAGCAAGCGAACCAUCCACAAGCAGUGCAAACAUAAAUAAUGAAACUGAUAACAAAACAAAUGAUAAAACUAAUAAGCACUUUUCAAAAAUGCCUGAUAUGUCUCAAAGCUGUGAUAUUCAUAACACAAACAAAGAUAAAGAUGAACAACUUGUAUCUGAAUUGGUUAAUCAAGUACAAAGUUGCAGCGUUAAAAGUUCAGAUGACAUAUGUUCUUCUCAUAAUUUAUUCUCUGAAAUUGAGUCUAAAGAAUCACCAAAUGUAUCCAUAGACACAGGCGAUACAACUUCACCAAAACCAAAAAACAUUAUGCCUACAUUUGAUCGUAAUAAAUAUCAAGACCUAUCUGAUGAUAAAGACUAUCAACUGCCAGAAUUAACAGUUUUAGGAAAAGUUAAUACAGAAUUUAGAUUUACGAAUCUUUGUGAUUUUCAAUAUUUACCAAUGGCUCCAUGCAAAGAUGACCCUAAAACAUUAAAGUGCAUAUAUGACCAAAUUUAUCCACACAAUAUACUACAUUAUUCUUGGUUAAAGAAUGAUGUACCUUACUUCUUACCACCAGCUGCGUUCAGCAGAAUGGACACUGUACAACAAUAUACGCCAAAAACUGAAGUAAAUUCAUACCCAGAAAACGUAAUAGGCAAAAGUAGAAAACGGAAAGCGGGUUUUUCAAAUUUUAUAUAUUUUUCUACACCUGAAGUUCCUACAAAACCACCAGCAGGGAUAGAAACUGCUAUGAAAGUGAAAUUUGUUCGAAACGCUGACUUUGAACAGAUGCGUCAAAUAUUUGAAGAGCGACCGAUCUGGUCCAAAAAUGCGUUGAUGUAUAUAACAAAAUUUUCUAGCGAUCGAUUAAAAAUUUUAUUACCGUCUGUAGCAUAUUACUUUAUGACUGGCCCAUGGAAAAUUAUGUGGGUGAGAUUGGGAUAUGAUCCAAGAAAAGACAGUUCCGCAAGGAAAUACCAAACCUUGGAUUAUAGAUUGAAAGCAAUGCAUGGUCUGGGAUCCACUGUCAAAUGUAAAAGGAAUUAUGCAAAUUAUACAUUACCAUAUAAAUCAACGCCAGCUGCAAAACAAAAAACAAUUAUAUCAAAUGCCGGUUUCAGCCAAGAGCAGAUGUAUAAAAAAGAACAAGAUUUAAAUGAGAAUGCGUAUAUUUAUAGAAAUGGAACAAUACCACCUUCCAGACAAAUGUUUUAUCAAUACUGCGAUGUCCUGGUAGAUGAAAUACAAGAGAUGUUGGCGAAAUUACCAGAUCCUGCACCUGGCAUAAGAUGCCACGAGAAAAGAGGCUGGUUACCAAGUGGUUUCGAUGCACAAUGCAGAGAGAUUAUUAAUAAACAAGUUCGAGCUGUUCUAAGAAAGCAAAUGAAUAUACCCGAAGACCAUCCCACGUCUAUGCCUAGAAAGCGUGGAAUAAAACGUGGGAUUAAACCAAAGCGUAGUAUGCUUGACAGCAAAGCGAGGAAAAGAAAAAAAGAAUCACCUUCCACUAGUACUGUUACAGAAGAAAUGUCUAACACGAUAAAGAAGAAGAAGAAGAAGCAUCAUGAGUCAGAAAUUACGACAUAGGACAAACAACUCGUGAUUCUGGUUGCUAGAAUAAGUUUAACGAAGUGUCUGCGGGGAAGGGAGAGAAUUAUUGCAGCGAUACCAGCGUUGCUGAAUAACCGUAGCCUUGAACAUCUGACAUUUAGCAUCUCUUCGGAUUAAAAAGUAUCUUCGUUUGUUUCGAUCUUCAUGCUAUCAUUGAUUUUCAUUAUUGUUUUCAUAAAGACCUACAAAAUGCGAAACAUCACUACAUAUGUGUAAUCAUAAAGUGGGGCAAAAUGAGAGGAGUCCCUCUCAAACGCCCUCUCUUAUGAGAAAAUAAAAUACAAUACAAUCAUAAAGUAUUAUUCGAUUUAAAUUUCAAAUCUAACCUAGUUUCGAAGAUAAAAUAACUUGUCAUGUUAGGUUAAUCUAGGUUAGUUUCCCUCGAUGUUAACACUGUGAUUAUCAGAUAUAAGACCUGGGUUCAUGUCCCCUGUGGUCAGAAUGACGUCAAGAAAUAUAAAAAGUGGCAAAACCGACCACUUUCUUUCAAUAACUUUCUUUUUCAUUCGAGAUAUCUGAAAGUUGUCACCUGCCCCUACCGCUGUCCAUUGAG